AUGAUACCGGUGAUACUGUCAAUAUUGAUGGGCCUGGACUUAGCCUCACAGGCUCAUUCCAUGAAGUGCGUUCCAAAUUUGAUAGAACCUAACAAAACAGAAUCGUGGAACCAAGUGAUUUGUAACUGCGUCAAUAAUUCUGACAUUGAAGAUUUCAGUCUCCAGAAAGACGUCCUUGAAACAAUUUCAGAGGAUUUCAUCGCAGACUUGAACGCAGUUCACAUUAACGACUGCAACCGAGUGAAACUAGAUUUAGUCAUAAUUAAAGACUCUCAUUAUGCCAAAAGCUGCCCUCUCAUCGUCACAAACGCCCGUCAAGUUCAUCUUCUGAGUCUUCAAGACCCCGGGUCCAACUCGUUUUUCUGUUCCAAUGUGACAAUCAACUUGCCCUCUGAAGAACCAAGACCACCGGACUCAGAUUCAACCUAUUUCUACUCCACACUUGGACUAUCUGCCGUAAUCGUCCUUAUCAUACUCGUGGUCCUGAUCAUAUAUUUAGUGAAGAAGCUACAUUGCCGUUGUUUACCCAAUUGGAAGAAAGCACGGGGUCAAAAGGUCUCGCGUACUCAUUCCUGGCGAUUUGAAUCCAAUCACUUCAUAAACCCGCCUCCCAGAGCAAGAAAUCAGGCAGGUAGUGCCGCUCGAUUAACUGUGUCCCCACCCAUUUUACCGCCCAGUAACUCGGGUGUGCUUCAAGGGGAGAUUAUCCCACUCCAGCCCAGAACCAAGCCGUAUCCCUCUCUACAAGAUCGAAUAAGCAAAAAGCAAGACAAUGUCGACGCGAUGACCUCGGAAUUUGAUUCUUUUUCGUCAGAUGAAAGUGAAGGAGAGUUUACCUCGAGACCAACUUUGCCAAUGGAAAAGGCCAAUCAAUUAAAGGAACAAUUGAAUACUAACAGACAAGGCUAAAAAAUAAAGUAAAUGCUUUUUUGGUUAA